CUAUUGCUUCGUAGGUGUGGCCCUAUUGCUGCUGUUUAUGCUGUUUCAGGCAUUUAUGAGCAAACUCAUCUCGAAAGUUAGGCUAAUGACCGCACAGUUAACGGACAGUCGACUGCUGCUCAUGAAUGAGAUUAUAUCGGGGAUGCGAGUCAUCAAAAUGUAUGCCUGGGAGCAGUCGUUUGCCGAACUGGUGGCCACCUUUAGAAAGAACGAGGUGCAUCGAUUACAAAUGGCCUGUUUUCUUAAGGCUAUUAAUUUGUCCGUAUAUUUGGUGGCCUCCCGUAUAAUACUGUUCGCGUGUUUUAUAACAUACGUGUUGACCGGGAACCUAUUGACCGCCAAAGCCGUGUUUGUCACAAUGACCCUGAUCAAUACAUUGCGUAUAACAAUGUUAGGACAAUUACGAGAGGUCUUUGAAACGGGUGCUGAGCUACUAGUGUCGUGCCGUCGGAUACAAACUUUCCUGGAGUUGGAGGAAAUGGAUGUGAAAGCAAUUAAUGCUUCAAAUGUACGGUUGAAUACUUCAGGCAAACAAACGCCUGAACUGUCGGUCAAUAAUAUUAGCGCCAAAUGGAGUGAAGACAGUCCGUAUCCAACCCUUCAGAAUAUAUCUGUAUAUCUAAGACCUGGAGAUUUGUUAGCAGUCAUUGGACCGGUAGGCGCUGGAAAG